AUGGCUCGAAAACGAACAAAGUGGGAACUAGUUCAUCAAUUUGUUCAUGAAGUCGUUGACUUCAGUUCUCAGUAUGGAUCAGAAAGUGGAACUGGAUUUACAGCGGCAAAUAUUGUUGGUCCGUGUCAAGUGUAUCCAAAUUAUUGUGAUUCCAACGCAACAGCAGCUUUUCGAACUUACGGUAAAUGGUGGCGUAAUAGUCCAAGUAGUUUAAAACCGAUCAAUUUAACGCCUGAUGAUAAUGAUAAUUAUACAAGUGAAGAUUAUGUUGAUUUAUACUUUGAUGUACCAGUAAUACCAGUGUGUUUACAAAUUUAUGAAACUUAUAAUCCAGGUGCUAUUGUACGCAUUUCAGCUUGUUAUAGACGUCAACCAGAAAAUAGUCCAGUUAAUAUGCGUAAACUUCAAUGGACUACUUUAUGGAAAUUAAAUUAUUCUAAUCAAGACAAAAAUCAAUUAGUUCAACUUCAGCACACCGAUGACGACGAUCAUUACCGUACACGGCAACAACAACAACCACUUCAGUUAACUUAUCAUUCUAAUAAUGUAUGCACUACUCUAGCUUGUCCAGAUGUUAUUAAUUGUAGGACACGAUCAAUAUCUAAUAUGUAUCCUAACAGAUGUCUACCUGCAUUACCAUAUGAUGAUGAAAAUGCAUUUACGGUUCAAUAUUCAGAAUAUCUCCCUCAAUCACGUAUUUUUCAACCAAAAUUGUCCAAUAUUCGACCAUAUCCAACAGAUUUAUUACGAAUUGAAUUUGAUAGUAGACGAUGUAGAUAUUAUACACAAAUUGAUGCUGUACGUUUAUCUGGUUGGGCUGAAUUAACGGAUACUACUAUAUCACGAUGGUCUGGACAACUUGAAGCCCCAUCAUCAUCAUUGUUAAUUGGUGUCAAUUCAGAUAGUGCAGAACAAUCAAAUAAUCGUUCACAAAAUACUUUAUCAUUCUUUUCUGAUUUAUUAAGACCAUGUACACCACGUUUAAGAGCAUCAUCAUAUGAUCUAACUGAUGAAUCGAUGGAUAUGUCGUUGUCAGAUGCUACGUUACCUGGAUUAUCACCAGAUCGAUUAGAUGAUAAGAAUAUUGAUGAGGAUAAAUCUUCUUCAUCAGCAUUAUUACCAAUCUGUAUUCGUCGUAAAUCUUCUGGUUUGAUUCAGAUACCACCAGUUGGAAUGAAUUUAUUAUUAUUACAAAGUAGAAAUUUAGUUGCAUUGCCACCAGGUACAAUUUGUCAGUCUUCAUUAUUUGGUUUGACUUAUUUAAAUGAGGAUGCAUUAUGGCGUCAUGGACCAUUAACUCGUUUACCGAUCAAUGAAAAGAUUUUCAUUCAAUUUAUUAUAUAA